GGGAAGACAGAGCGACCAAUCAAGAGCAGGGUGAGGCACAAAACCAGCGGACUCCCUGGGGAGCCAGCCAGAGGCAGGGGGCCAUGUCGGAGCUUCAGCAACUGCAGGAGUUUGAGAUCCCCACGGGCCGGGAGGCUCUGCGGGGCAACCACAGCUCCCUGCUGCGGGUCGCAGACUACUGCGUGGACAACUACGUGCAGGCCACAGACAAGAGCAAGGCGCUGGAGGAGACCAUGGCCUUUACCACCCAGGCACUGGCCAGUGUGGCCUACCAAGUCGGCAGUCUGGCCGGACACACUCUGCGUCUGCUAGACCUACAGGCCGCCUCCCUGCGGCAGGUGGAAGCCCGUGUGAACACGCUGGGCCAGAUGGUGAACAUGCACAUGGAGAAGGUGGCCCGAAGGGAGAUUGGCACCUUGGCCACUGUCCAGAGGCUGUCCCCCGGCCAGAAAGUCAUCGCCCCCGACAGCCUCCCUCCCCUCACGCCCUACUACAGGAGACCGCUUAACUUUGGCUGCCUGGAUGACAUUGGCCAUGGGAUCAAGGAUCUGACCACGCAGCUGUCGCGGACCGGGACCCUCUCGCGCAAGAGCAUCAAGGCGCCUGUCGCACCGGCCUCCGCCACCCUGGGGAGGCCACCCCGGAUCCCCGAGCCGGUGCAGCUCCCCGUGGUGCCCGAGGGCAAACUCUCCGCCGCCUCAUCGGUCUCUUCCCUGGCCUCUGCAGGCAGCGCCGAAGGUGUCGGUGGGGUCUCCACGACCAAGGGGCAGGCAGCACCCCCACCCCCACCUCUCCCCAGCCCCACGGCCCCACCCCCUCCACCGGCCUCCGAGGUCUUCCUGCCGCCCCCUCUGCCGGAGGAAGUGUCCCUGCCCCUGCCGGCACCAGAGUUGCCUCCACCCCUGGACCUGCCCCCUCCCCCGCCCCUGGAUCUAGAUGAAUUGGGGCUGCCGCCUCUGCCCCCACCAGACUUUGGGCCUGAAGAGCCUAGCUGGGUCCCUGCUGCGUACCUGGAGAAAGUGGUGACAUUGUACCCAUACACCCGCCAGAAGGACAACGAGCUCUCCUUCUCUGAGGGCACCAUCAUCUGCAUCACACGCCGCUACUCAGAUGGCUGGUGCGAGGGCGUCAGCUCCGAGGGCACUGGAUUCUUCCCGGGGAACUAUGUGGAGCCCAGCUGCUGACAGCCUGGGGCUCUCUGAGCUCCUGAUCCAGGCACUGUCCCGAGCGAGGCCCUUGAGCUCCAGCACAAAGCCAGCUCCACGGUCAAGGCUGGACUAGGCCUGCCCACCUCUUGGUCUGUGAGCUGGGCCUGUCCCUUCCCCUCAUUUUGGUGGGAAGGGGUCCUGGGGAGAGAGAGGAUGUACCCCAAGGCCUGCUGUGGACAGGAGAGAACUGGAAGUCAAAGAGUUUGGUGAUCUUGUCCACAGAGUACCCCCUACUCCACGCAGGAUGGGGUCUCCAGCUGCAAGUGCCAACUUCAAAUAAAACUCUGAUGACCUCCU